AUGCAACACCGAGGGGUCCCCAAUGUCACCGGUCCUUCACCCUGCAAAGCUUCAGACCCUGGUGCUCUCCUGGAGAGCUGGGGCAGGAAGGGCAGGCGGUGUCUGCUCCCCACAGCAAGGCCUGUCCCCUGUCCCUUGUCCCCAGGGCCCAGCAGCGUGAACCAGCUGGGGGGUCUCUUUGUGAACGGUCGCCCCCUCCCCGCCUGCAAGAGGACGAGGAUCAUCGAGCUGGCGGUGCGCGGCGCCCGCACCUCCGACAUCUCCCGCAGCCUCAAGGUGUCCAACGGCUGCGUCAGCAAAAUCCUGGACCGCUACUACCGGACGGGGGCUGUGGAGCCCAAGGCCAUUGGGGGCAGCAAGCCCCGCAUGGCCACCCCCGCGGUGGUGGCCAGGAUCGCCCAGCUGAAGCGGGAGCGGCCGUCACUCUUUGCCUGGGAGAUCCAGCAGCAGCUGCACGCCGAGGGCAUCUGUGCCAGCACCGGGACCCCCAGCGUUUCCUCCAUCAACCGGGUGCUGCGGAUCCUGCCCAGCGACCUGCGGCUGGUGACGGAGCGGGGACCUGAGAGGGACCCGCUGGCACAGGCGUCCCCUCUCACCGCCCCCUCCGCCCCACACACUCCUGGCUGUCGCUCGCCUGCCAAAGGUGCCACUGUCUCCCUGGGGACCCAGCACCCUCCUGAGGGCUCCGCAUCCGGCCAGCGGCUCCAGCUGAGCAUCCAGCCCCGGAACAGGACGGUCUUCUCCAGCCAGCAGUCCCAGGCCCUGGAGCAAGACAGGCUGAUCUCACCCCAGUCCCCUUUUGUAGAGUUUCAGAGGGGACAGUACCCAGACACCGUCACCCGGGAGAGACUGGCCGUGGCCACCCAGCUCCCUGACACAACCAUCAGGGUAAGAGGGGACCCGCCAUGCUGCUGCUCACUGGCAGGGAUAUCUCCAAACCGUGUCACUGCUGCUGGUGGUGGCAGAGGAGGGAAUGGGCUCAGACACGCAGUGUGUGUGUGUCACAUUCAGUCGCUCCGGGCAGACGUCCCUGUGCUGCAGCCAAACCUCCCCCAGGGUCCUGGCCACUCCACCACAACCACAGCCCAUCACCGGCCAUCUCGGUGCCUGGGCAGUGACAGCAGCACGUCCCCACCUCUGCCAGAGCAGGGCUGCCCAUGCGUGUCACCCGCGCCAUAGCAAGUCACACACACGUGUCCCCCAUGCCCUGUGCUGGAGCCUGGCAUGUCCCUGCAGCCUGCCAGCGUGGGGAAGCUGCAGGAUCAGCCCCCGUCCUUUGCCCACGCCAGCACCCGAUGGGUGACAAGCCCGUGUCCUGGGGCAGAGCAGUGGCAGGGAGCUGCUGCGCGGGGUGCGGUGCCCAGGUGGGGGCCAGCAGCCUCAGCCCCCUCCCGCCUCCCCAGGUCUGGUUCUCCAACCGAAGGGCCAAAUGGAGACGCGAGGCCAAGCAGAAGCUGGAGGCUGGAAGUGCAGGUGACAACCCAGGGGUGGAGGGGAUGCGACAAGGGACCUGAUGCCCGGGGAGGGGGCUGGGGUGCAGGGGCCACCCCAGGAGGGCACGUGGCUGAAAUCUGUCACUGAGCACUGGGACGACUGGGUUUGCUUCCCAGCUCCAGAGCCCCCGAUGACAAAAUGCAGCUGUCCCCUCACAAGAGCAGGGCUGGGGUCAGCGGGGUCCCCGAGCCCUCACGCUGCCCUCCCCGUGUGUUCCCACACAGGCUCCUGGUGUGACUGGCUCCUGCCCCCCCGGGCGGCCGUGGCCGCUUUCCGCCCCCCCUCCACGACAGCCGCUGGCUCCGCACAGGUAGGAGACAGCCGGGGGCCAUUGAGGGUCCACCCCAGCACCUCAACAGGCUCCGAGCACCCUCUGGAGCCCCCAUUGCCUGGCUGUUCUGGGCUCUGCCCCCUCCAGGAAGCCGUUUCUGGAGCCACCCUGGAGGGUGACACUUCCCAGGUCCCCAAUAGGGUGGCCGGGUCCCAAAGCAUCCCCAGGGAUGCCCUGUGACAUCCCGCUCUCUGCUCCCCGCGCAGCACCUCCCGGCCAUCCCCACCGGCUCGCCGCAGCCCCUCCAUGGCCACGGCCACGGUCACGGUCACGGCCUCGCCGGCUACCCCGGCCCCCCGGCCCCGCUGCACCUCUGCACCUCCGGUCCCUGCGCCUGGGACGACACUUGCUGCGGUACAAGGGUGGGGAGUGGGGCUGGAACCCCCCGGGCACGACCAGGGUUGGUGCUGGACGCCGUGGGUGCUGGAGGGUGCGAGGGGCCGGUUCCCCACCCUGCGUGUCCCCAUGGGGUGGCUGCUGUGGGGUGGGUGUCCCCAGUCCCACGGCGGAGCGGGGCUGGGGGCUCAGGCGAUGCUGAGCCCCGUUUCCACCCCGCAGGCCUGGCCGCCGGCAGUCCCCCUCCCUGGCAGCCCCCCCCCUUCGCCCUGCUGCCCCCCCGGGCUGCCCUGCACCCCGCUGCCAGCCUGCUGCCCGGACCCCCGCUGAGCCCCCCGGUGCCACCGCUCCACGCCCCCUCACCGGAGCCCCUCGCCCGCCUGCACGCCCCGGGGUACUCCUGGCUCUGAGGGUCCCCGGCGAGACUGGGGGUCCGACCCCCAUCAAGCGCAGUGAGUCACAGAUGUCCCUGCACCGGGGCGUGCCGAUGACACUACUGUCACCUCAUCGCCUGUCCCCUCCAAACCGGGACUCCCCCAUCACCCUCCCCUGGGUCCAGCGGGGCAGAGGGGGCGGGUGCUGGGGGGAACAUCCCGCUGUGCCCCCCAGGUGGGGGUGAUGCUGGCUCAAAGCCUCGCUGGCACACGGGGGAUGAGCGUGUCCCUUCCCGGUUGGGCGGGGGGGUUGUCCCGGUGCCAGCGGCUGCGGCACGGCCCUGCCAGCCCGCAACGCGCGGCUGGGACAGCCCCAAACUGCCCCCUCCCAAGGCAGGAAAGCUUCAUGCCCGGCUGCACCCGGCCACCGGCCUCUUCCUCAGCUGCCUCGGGUGGCUUACGGGGACCAGGACCGCAAACACGUCCCUGGGGGCUGUGGCUGGGGCCGGGCAGUGCGAGCCGAGCGCCUUGGGGACGCCCUUGUCACCCCAGUGCUUUGUCCCUGUCCCCGUCCCAGCGCCUGGGAUGCUGCAGCGUCAACCCCGCCCCAGUUCGCUGCUGCAUCCCCCAGUCAGCAUCCCCCCCUCCCUCCCAGUUACAAUAGCGUUAAAUUACCCCGAGAAAAGUUAAUUAACGGCGUGUGAAGAGGGGUGUUCAACGCCCGCACUCCCAUCCACCGCGCCACUAGCGCUGGCAUGCGGAGGCGACAUCGGCGGAGGGGACAUGGGCAGAGGGGACGUCGGCGGGCAGGACUAUGGCACAUCCAGGACCAGCUCCAGCCACCCCGGGUGGCUGUCCCCCGCUGUCCCCCCCGACUCCAGACCCCGCAGAGCCGACGGGCCCCGCCCGCACAGCCGAUCCGGGCUCUAAAUAAAGAGUUUUGGGUUUCUGCUUGUUGAGCAGUUGAGUUUGGCGGCGGAGCCGGGUACAGGCGCCCAGCGCUGGCGCGGAGCAUCGCUGCGGGCCGGAGA